AUGUCGGUCACCACUCAAGCCACAAUUGCCAGCUUCGGUGGGAAGCUCCUCAAGCUCGCUCACAAUGCCUCCACCACUGGCUGCGAAAUGAAGUUCAACCUUUACCUUCCUCCUCAAGCCGCAAACAACAAAGUUCCUCUGCUCAUAUGGCUCUCUGGGCUCACAUGUACCGGUGACAACUGCUCUGAAAAGGGCUUCUUCCAACACGGUGCCAGCAAGAAGGGUAUCGCCGUAUUGUAUCCUGACACAAGCCCAAGAGGAAUUGGGAUCCAAGGCGAGGACGACGCCUACGAUUUCGGCACCGGGGCAGGCUUCUACGUCGAUGCCAGUGCAGACCCAUGGUCCAAGAACUACAAGAUGUACUCGUACAUCACCGACGAACUCCCCAAAACCGUUUUCGAGGCGUUCAAGGACCAGAUCGACUCCAGCAAAGUUAGUAUCAGUGGACACAGUAUGGGAGGCCAUGGUGCUCUAUCUCUAUACCUGAAGAACCCGGGCAAAUACAAGAGUGUCAGCGCCUUUGCCCCAAUUGCCAAUCCCUUGAAAUGUCCCUGGGGCGAGAAGGCGUUCAAAGGAUAUUUUGGUGACGACUGGCAAAAACUGGGAGCCCAACAUGAUUCGACAGAGUUACUGAAGCAAUGGAAAGGGGGACCUCUGGACAUUUUGAUCGAUGUGGGAACUGGUGACAAUUUCUACAAACAGGGACAGCUGCUCCCCGAAAACUUCAUCGCAGCCGCAAAGGAAAUUGGACAAGAGAACGGAGUCAACGUCAGGUUUCAGCCAGACUAUGACCACAGUUACUACACAAUGGCGACUUUCUCGGAUGAUCACAUUGACCAUGCCGCGAAGUACUUGUUUGCUUAG